GCACUUGCUCCCAUGGCUUCCUCUUCCUUCUUGAUCUACUCUCUGCUCUUGUUUUUGAUGGCUAGUUCCUCCGCCGCCGCCCCCUCCAACCUCUUCCGAGAGUACAUCGGCGCCGAGUUCACCGGCGUCCGCUUCUCCGACGUCCCCGUGUCCUCCGGCGUCGAAUUCCACUUCAUCCUCGCCUUCGCCAUCGACUACACCACUUCCUCCUCCCCCACCCCCACCAACGGCCGCUUCAACAUCUUCUGGGACAGCCAGAACCUCUCCCCCGCCGCCGUCGCCGCCAUCAAGCGCUCCCACCCGAACGUCAGGGUCGCCCUCAGCCUCGGCGGCGACUCCGUCCAUGGCCAAUUCGCCAACUUCACGCCCGAUUCCGUCGAGUCCUGGGUCAACAAUGCCGUCGACUCCCUCACCUCCCUCAUCGAGGAGUACCACAUCGACGGCAUCGACGUCGACUACGAGCACUUCCGGGCGACGCCGGCCGCGUUCGCGGAGAGCAUUGGGCGGCUGGUGACGCGGCUGAAGCGCGCGGGGACGAUCUCCUUCGCCUCCAUCGCGCCGUUCGCCGACGACGACGUGCAGAGGCACUACCUGGCGCUGUGGAGCAAGUACGGCCGAGCGAUCGACUACGUGAACUUCCAGUUCUACGCGUAUGCGAGAGGGACGACGGUGGCGCAGUUCUUGGAGCACUUCGAGGAGCAGAGGAGAAACUACAGGGGAGGGCGGCUGCUGGCGAGCUUCAACACGGAGGAGAACCCCGGCGGGCUGACGCCCCAAAAUGGCUUCUUCAGGGCGUGCAGCCAGCUGAAGAAGCAGGGGAAGCUCGGGGGGAUCUUCGUGUGGACCGCCGACACCUCCCUGAGCCAAGGAUUCAGGUACGAGAAGCAGGCGCAGAGCUUGCUGGCUUCCGGUUAACGGAAGGUCGUGUCGGUCGUCUUCUCUGUAGUGGAAUCUGUCGCUCGUCUUCGAUUAGGGGAUCAAUUAUUGUCAUCAGUAUCAUAGUUCGCCGAUCUGUUCGAUAUAUAAAAAAAAAGUAUCAAUAAAGCGACGGAAGGCAGGUGAUCAAAUUGAUAAGAAACCACUGUUCUCGCAGAUUAAAAUACUAAUUUUCUAAACGGAGA